AUGGCAUCAAAUACUUUUAGAUCUUCAGGCAGUUCAAGCUCCACAUGGACGCCUAAGCAAAACAAAAAGUUUGAGGAUGCUCUGGCUUUUUACCCUGAGGACACACCAGACCGGUGGCAAAAAGUGGCCAGGGCUGUAGGUGGAAAAACAGCCGAGGAAGUAAAAAGGCAUUAUGAUAUCCUGGUGCACGAUCUGAUGCAUAUAGAAUCUGGAAAGGUUCCUCUUCCCAAAUACAAGCCCAUUGCAUCCAACAGUAUAGUGUGUGGUGAUGAGCAGAGGCUCAUGAAAAAUCUAAAGCUCCAAUAA